GGUGUUUGAAAGUAGCGCAACAUUUCCUUUAUCCAGUCUGCCUUUGUUGUCCUAAAUUUGAGUUAAAUAAGUCAAUAUGUAAAUAUAAUUAUUCAGUUUCGAUCUGAUUUAUCUAAUCACGUAUUAUUCUCCUACAUUUUCUUGUUUUAAAAUCUUACCGAGCUUUCUAUGGAAGCCCGUUAACGACACUGAGCUAGCUAGCGUUACAGGAGCUAACUUUAGCUAGCAGCUAGCGCUGGUUUUCAUUGUUUUGAUUGAAGAAGAAGUUAAAUAAAAGACAUUCAGGUGUUUCACCGCGAUGACGUCAGCAUCUGCAAAGGUCGGGGAGAUUUUCUCUGCAGCCGGUGCUGCUUUCACCAAACUGGGAGAGCUAACCAUGCAGCUGCACCCAGUGUCUGACUCCAGCCCUGCAGGAGCUAAGUGGACUGAGACGGAGAUUGAGAUGCUGCGUUUGGCGGUGCGUCGGUUUGGAGACGACUUGAACAACAUCAGCACGGUGAUCAAAGAGAGGACAGUCGCUCAGAUCAAGAGUACGGUGAAGAGGAAGCUGUACGAGGACAGCAGAGUCCCCAUCUCCUCUGAGUCCCCCAAGAAGACCGUCAAGAAAACUGCCGUAGCCAUGACGACGGCUCUGCCUCCAGCCGCUCCGGCUAUGAUCGCCGUGCCCACCUCGCAGGUCGUCGUGGCGACGGGGAUGCAGAACAGUCCUUCUCUGGCCCCGCCCAUUAAGAAACAGAAGACCGCGGAUGUGACGCUGAGCGCGCUGAACGACUCGGACGUGAACAGCGACCUGGUGGACAUCGAGGGACUCGGGGACGGCUCGACCAGCAAGAAGCUCAACUUUGACCAAGAGAGUCUGAACCUCGACUCGAGCCUCAUCAUGAACUCCAGUGACCUCCCGCUGCUGUCCCGCUGACCUCUGACCUCUCAGCAUCACGCCAAGAAAUUAACUUUCUUUUAGUUUAUUUUAAACACUUUUAUGUUUGAAUCCUGUUACCUGACGCUCAUCUGUCAAUACUUGAUAACAAAAACUUUUAAGUUUAAAGGAAAAUUUUUACUUUAAGUUAAACCCUUUACAUUUAAGCUUCCAUGUGAAGUUUACGUCACAUUUAGAUGUGAAACUUUACAUUCAAGUCUAACCAGUCCAGUUCAGACUGAAGGUUUCUGAAGCAUCAACUGUUGUAGAACAUCACAGCUAAUACCGUUACCGUACGGUUAAAAACACUUUAAAGGUCACAUAUUAUGCAAAAUACACUUUUUCAGGCUUUUUUAACAAAAAUAUGUGCUCCACAAUUCCCCCGUAGAAUCAGACCCCGCCCCCCCCACACCACCUUUCAGAAAGUGUGUGCUGAAACAAGCCGUUCUCACAUUUUCCCCUCAUGAUGUCAUGUGGGGAGUUAGUCCCGCCCCCAGGUUCAGUUGAGUGCCACAUCCAUUUCCAUUGAGAUGGGCGGAGUUAAGGGCGGAGUCAGACAGCUCAUUUACAUUUAAAAACACAGAAACAGCUGGUUCUGAGCAGGGCUGAAACAGAGGGGUCUUUAGACAUGCAAACAUCCAACACUAGAGUACAAAAUGAACUUGUCCUAAAGGGUAAAAUAUGUGACCUUUAAAGUUUGGAUCCUCCCAUUUUUGAAUGUUAUCACCUUUGUUUUUUGACAAAAAAGAAAAAAAAAAGCAAAAUUGCAUUUAUAGUGAGUAACUCACUCCAACUGUCCUCAUUCCUAUUAUACGCUGUAAAAUAUUCUCAGCUACCAGUAGGGCUGGGCAAUUAAUCCAAAAUUAGAUUAAAUCGCAGUACAGCUUGCUGCAGUUUUCAAAUCACAAAAGGUGCAAUUUUUCUUUCACCUGCAAUAAAAAUACCAGUUUAUUUAUUUUUUUACAGCAGAGAUGUUAUGUGUCACAUAACUCUGCAAUCAUUCAAGUGGCUUUUUUUAGACUACGCUACAAAAAAAUCCUGCUUUAUUCAUUUUAAUACUUCUUUUCCAGUUUGCCAUAUGAGUCAAAAUCAUCACAAAUCUGUUUUUUUUUUUUUUUUUUUUUAUUGUUCAGCUCUUGUGUAGUCUGAAAGUGUGUUGGUUGUAAUAUAGAAUGCUUUAUUGCUUGUGUUUGUUGGAAAAUGCAUGAGAUGAGGAACUUAAGGAAUAAUCGCAUUUCAGAUCGCCGUCGUAAUAUUGGAUAAAAAAAAAAUCGCAAUUAGAUUAUUUUCCCAAAUCGUUCAGCCCUAGCUACCAGACAGGUAUGAGAAGAGGAAACUGAAGCACAGCGAGGCGUUGCUAUAGAAACGGUCCACUGCGCACCCCCCCCCAGUUCUAGUGAUGUAAACCCACAGGCUUUCUGAUGGUUGUAAAGCAACAGAUCUUGUUUAAUCUGGUCUGUUGGUGAAUCUUUGGUCUGAACUGGAUUUAGGAUCUCAUGUGAAGUUAAACUUUUCUAUUUGUCCAUGAAACAUGAAAACGUUCUUUACUUUUUUAUUUCCCUUUUUUGUUUUGUAACGUUUCCCUUCUCCCAUCAGUGUAUAAAGUGACAUUUUAUUCUUUCUAUUUUAAGUUUAAAUGUUAAAAACGCUGCAUUUAAAAGACCAAAAAUCAAAGGAGAUUUUAAUAUUUUGUUAAAGAUUUAUUUACAGAUGAGCUUCAGGUCAGGUUUCUGUUAGUUUUGCCUUGUUAGAAUCUUAUUAUUUUAUCAGAGACGCCGUGUUUGAAAACCAUCUGAGGGUGGUUUUAUGAUCGGGACCUGGACCUGGAUCUGAGUGACCGUACAAGCCAGAUUAAUGUGGGACAUACCCAUGGGACAUAUAUUCACAUCUGUGUGGGCAACACCCCAUAGGCGGAGUUUAGGAGGGGCGGAGCCCUGAAAAAAACCCAGAGGGUGAUUGGAUGAACAGUCACUGUCAUCACAGGCCAAUCAGAGUGACAAGACGUGACGUAGUGGGCGUGGACCGCUGUUGAAGAAUAAACUCAGAGAGGCCCAGGAUUGUUCACUCUGAGUGGAGCCAGCUGAUGAAUGAAACUUUCACUGAUGCUGGUUAGGGUUAGGGCUUAUAGUUAGAGGUUAGAGGUCAGCGUAGUAGAAGAGCAAAAACACCAAGAAAAGCCUCCAGUGUGGCUCUUUGCUCUUCUUUAAUAAAUGUCCAGUUCAGAUCCAUGCUUAUAUCUUCACCGGCUGCCAUUGUUUACAGCUUUACAGCUAAACCACACCCACAGCUACCGCCCCUUUCUCCUCAAAUGAUGCUGAUUGGCCUGGUCAUUCUCUGACCAGGAACAGGUGAAUCAGCUUUGCAGGAUGGAUCCACCUGAGGACAGACCUGGAAUCUAGACCGUGCUGGGAUCUAGGAGUCUGGUUGAUUUGAUCAUUGUGAAAACAAACGUUCUGAAGAUGUGAACAGAAGCGUGCCGGGUCACUCGUCAGUGAGUGGAGCUGUAAAAUCAUUUCUAAACGUCUCCCGCCUGUUUCUUCCUCCGAGCUCCGCUGAUGUAGAAGUAGACGAAGUGAUAAAAACAUCCAGAGGAGCAGGAUGGACUCAAAGAUCUGCAUUAAGAUGUCCGCCUGAGUGGCCGCCAUCGCUGUCUUUCCUUUUUGGCGGAUUCUCAGACCAAUCAUGAAAAUAAGCAGCUACUGUAUCAGACUGUACACACCCAGUGAGCGAUGUUAGCGAUGUGACAGCAGACCAGCAGAGAUGAAGCGACCGAUCACGCCUGAUGUGGAGGCGCCCUGAAAGCAUGGCGGUAAAAACGGGAUCAGAAUGUCUUAGACAUGAGGAAACGUUUCUUCACUGUUGCUCUUCGAUAUUCUGAUUUAGAGCGAUCUCAUGUUCAAACAGAUUUUUAAUCUGAAAUAAGAAAUUUAACUUCAGACACGGGCUGUUUCCCUGAUUAUGGUUUAAAAAUAUGAAAUCCUGCCCUGGCACUUCAUAUUUAUUUUUAGAAUCAAACACCAAACUGUUUCUCAUCCUGUUGGUUUUGUCAAAAAAGGAAGAUCAAAGAACAACACUGGUGACCUAACAUUCUUUUUUCCCUUUGUGUGACCUGCUGCAGUUGUUGUGGAAGAACAGAAUGUUACAUCACCACUUUUCUGUUCUUUGAUCUUUUUUUGUGUUUAACACAAAUUUUUUUUAAAGGUUUAUUUUGGGCAUUUUCGUGCCUUGAUUUGAUAGAAGAGGACAGUGGAUAGAGUCGGGAACGGGGGAGAGACAUACAGUAAAGGGCCAUCCGCACACAUGGGGGUGCCUCAACCACUCGGCCACCUACGCCCCCAUCAUUUUUUUAAAAUGCUGAAUAUAACCGAGCUCAACAGAGCCCACGUUUUCAGCACCACUGGUUCCUGAAGUAAAAUUGACCUUUCCAAUCCCUGUAGACAUUUAGUAAAAUCCUUCUGACAACACUUUUAAUGCAUGAACACUCGUGUCUGAUUUGGCCUUAAAAACGGCGCUGAAAAACCGAAAGUACUAGACUGUGUACACGUCUCUUUACAAGGAGGGAGAGAUUACAUAUCCCACAAUCCAUUGUGAUUCCUGUUGUUUGUUUCAGACAGCUUUUAAGCUUUAAAGCCACACUGGUACCUUUGACCAUCUCUGUUGUGGUGUCUAUAUUCUAAAUGAUAUGUUAGAUCAGUGUUACUCAACCCAACUCAACCCAAGAGCCAAAUUGUUGAAAAAUACAUUUGCAAGAGCCACAAUCUAAGUGGUGAAAAGUGACAAUAGAAAUAAGUUAAAGGUAACAA